CCACUAGAGGAAGACAACCACCAACGUCUUCUCCAGACCAGAUGGUGGCAGUAAGUAUUAAUGCUACUUUGCCGUAUCAAGCAGUGCAACAAACCCGGAGGAAGGACGCGGGCAAUUCACUAGUGCACUAUUUGUUUAGGUGACGCAGAUGUCACAGUCAGCGCAGCCCGGCGUGAUGCCUUCAGCCCCGGACUCCCCAUCUCUGAGCGUGACCGUCAGCGGGAAUGUGCAGAAAUACAGCAUCAAGAAGAAAAAGGUCUUAAAUGCGGAGGAGACUGAGCUGUUCGAGCUCACUCAGGCUGCUGGGAUAGUCAUGGACCAAGAGGUUUUCAAGAUCAUAUUGGACCUGUUAAAGAUGAACGUUGCUCCUCUGGCAGUCUUUCAGACCCUAAAGACCAUGUGUGCGGGGCAGAAGGUCUCUGAAACAUCCACUGGUGACACAUCCACUUCGUCUCACACCGCCACUGCACCUUCAGAGUCUAGAGAAGAGGAGGGUGUGGUCUCAGGAAAGAGCGCUAAAAAUGCAGCACCUGCCUCUGUGUCUGUGUCCCGCCCACCUAGGGGAGGGGCUAAGAUAGUGGUCUACAGUGCGGGUGACACGAGUGCUCCCAUCUCUCAAGUACGCAGUAAAACAAGUUCAGGGGAGAAAACGGCAAGAGAUGGUUCUAGCCAGCGGGUGCCACGGCAGGUCAGCGCCACCAGGGGGCAGAAGAGCGCCAGGAGCUCAGGCAGCAGCAGCUCGUCUUCUCAGCUCACCUCCAACUGAAGGGAAGGAGACGGGUGCCACAUUUCAACUACAGUUUGCCACAGCUCUGUACUGUACUAACUGGAAAAAAAAAGGUGAAUCUUGUUUGGGUGGUUACCUGCGUUCCCAAAUCGCCAAUAGGAGGCAGUGUGUCUCUACUGGCACUUCAGCGCUUGGAUGGUGAGAUUGUUGGUACCUCAUUUCCCCCCUCCACAUAUGCCCUGCCUGUGGCAUCAUGCUUCUAUGUGUGAACAUCUUUGGCAGCGUGGAGAGGCAAGGGCCCGUCAGCCAGCACGCUCCCACUGCUGUGAACAUAUUUGUUUGCUUGACUGUUUGUUUCUAUUUCUGAGAGUUUGACUUAACCUUAGUCAUUAGCAGGGCAGCUUUAUGGUAAUGUUCAUUGUUUAUUCGCAUGUUUAUUCAUGGGACUGUAUGCUUCCAUAGUGGUGAUAGUGAUAAUUUAUUCAGAGACGAGAUCUCUUAAAAUAUAUCAUAUCAUAAGUCAAGGCUUAUAACUUAACAUGAUAAUACUAUAACGCCAAUGAACAAAACUGUUAAACCACUAGCUAAUCAUAAAACACACAUUAUAUACUUUUUAUAUAUACAUAGGAAAAUACAUUUGUCACAAUAUCCAAGCGUGAACGAGCAACAAAGAACUGUAGGCCUGUCUGUACACUCACACAGUAAAUGAAAAUGAAACUAGCCGUCCUUUUCAAUAUCCAGCUGACAUCCUUAUCAAACAAACGUAUUUACUGUAUAAGAAUUCAUUCUCUCAGUUUGAAUACUUGGAAACAAUAUUGUGCUUGCUGUAUCUCAGAGCACACAAACUAAUCAAAAGUGCUCCAUGUGUUCACCAGAUAAUGACUAGUGAAUAGAUCUCCUCUUGGAACGCAUUGUUAUUUACACAGUUUACGAAAACAUGCUUUAUCCAGCUCUAUUUGCAGCAGUUGUUUAAUAAUGAUUCAAGAAAAGUCAGCUGUGCAAAAAACAAAAAAAAAAAAACAAAGAUAGAUUGAGCCCAUCAUUGCAUUCGUUGACAAAAUCACUUAACUUUAUUACAUGGUUCUUUCAUGAACAGUGCAUAUAAUUGUAUUAGAUAUUCCUACCAAUAGCACGCCUGUGUGAAAGAAUUGAUUUUUUUACGAGAAAUUGAUUUGAUUGAUUGAUUGAUUGCCUGUGUGAAAGUAUUUUUUACGAGAGAUUGAUUGAUUGAUUUAUUGAUUCGCCAUGCCAACAAAAAUAUUUCAAAACCAAGCCGA